UUCAAGAAAAUGAUACAAUGUUCAUACAUUGUCUCGUAUGGGACAACCAUUAUACCGACAUAUUUUUUGAAUAUCUUCUUAUAGCUUUAUUCGAUAUGGAUGUUCAUUGUUUUCACAUUAUUCUUUUACUCCCACCUAAGAUAAAACCAGGUAAAUUUUCCAUAAGAUACAUAGAAUUUAUACUUAGGUUAGUCAUGUUUACUACUGAUAUCGAUUCUUCAUUUCAAGAUCUUUUAUUUAUCCUUUUAUUAUGUGUAUUCUUCUUCCUCAUUCUUUAUCGAUAUGUUCUUUUUUUUUUUUUAUUUCUUUAGAAAAUUCUUUCAUACGUCACAUGACUAGAAUAGUUCCAAUCAAUUUCAAGGAUACUUUUAUGGUGCAAACAUUAUACUUGAUUACACGACACAGUGUUAUUCCAAGAUUACAGAUUCGUCGUGCUGUGGAGGAAGAUAACGACGACAUAAUACCGAUAAUAGAUGCAGAUUCAUCCUAUGUAAAAGAAUUGUAUGGGGAGUAUUACAUAAGUGAAAUGAUUCGUUAUCCUGACGGUCAUCGUCAAUUAAUCGUUUCGGAAGAUGACAAUGGUUUGACUACUGGUGUUAUUUGCCUUAACUCUAUCAUCGAUGUAGAUCUUUUGAAUGACAAUUUUGAAUUAACUGUUUAUGGUGGAUUAAGAAAAUCACAUGAAAAUGAUGACAAUAAUGAUAUAUUAUUGCAAAAAAGUACAAGUGAAAUUUUGUCUGAAACAUUUUCUGCAAACGUACAGGAUUUAUUAUCGGUUAAUUUGAAACUCGAACACAAAUCAAAUGAAAUGGUCAAUGAUAAAAUUGAGGUUAGAACAAAUUUAGAAAAUGAUGAAAAAUCUCAAACGAAUGAUAUGGAAAUUAAAGAAAUUUAUAAACGAAAGGUGUCAUUACCCAAAGAAAAAAAACACGUUCGUAUCAGUGAAUCUUGGAACAGUGAUGAACAAAAUACAAACAAAGACAAAAAUUUGACAAUUACCAAUGGAAUUCGAUCAUCGUUGCGUAAAAAUUUGUCAAAAAAUGAAACUUUGGAAGAAUCUAAUGAUCAAAAUUCAAUAAUAAAUAUUCCAAAUUCUGAUAAAAAUGGCGGAUCAUCGAUAAUCGAUCAUUUGAACAUCAACAUGGCGUUUACUGAUACAAUCAGUCAAAUACCCAUUUUGGAUUAUAAUUUGAUCGAAUCAAAAUCAACAAAUGUCGAACAAAAGUUACUCACAGUUCCAAUUUAUUAUGGUAAAAUAAAUGCAUUUGUUGUUGAAAUUUUUGCCGUACGCAAUGACAUUGGCAAUCGUGGUACACGUGAAUUUUUGGAAACUGCAUUCGAGUGUUUUCCUGAUUUAGAUUAUUGCGUAUUACUUUUACCAUCAGCUUACUCGUAUUUUUCAUUUUUGGAACAAUUUGUGCGAGUACCAUUGAGAUGUAACAAAGAUUUUCCAAUGUCAUUGUAUUUGUCACACAAAGCGGUACUUUUUGGAGAAAUAAAAUCAUACAAGGCUGAUUUAUCUCACAAAAUCGAUGUUAAACAAUUUUUAAUAAAUAUUCCAAAGAGUAAUAACAUAAUGAAAGAUUUUAAUCGAUCUGUAAAUCAAAUUAAUAACAAUAACCAUGUUAAUAGUUAUAUUUUCAAGUCAGAUAAUACUAUCAUUGGUUUAGCAAUUGUCUGUAUUGAAAAGGAUCACGAAGAACUGAAAAAACACUUUCACGUAGAAGAUUUUAUCACGAGAAAAUAUAUUAAUAACGAUAGUUAUGGUUGUUUAUUACAUUUCGUACUAAUGCCAAUAUUUUCGACCAAUCAGAGAUAUUUCUUUUGUGAAAUACUACGAUUAAAUGAUUUUACAGUACUUUAUUAUCGUCUUUACGAGGAAGAAGGAAGUUCACUCACUAGAACACAACCAUUGGUUUCUUGUUUGAACACCAUGGUCCCAGUUAAUCAUCGUAAAAGAAUAGAAUACAAAUUUUGUACAUGUUCUUCGACGAAUAAUGAGAUUGAUGAAAUACGUAAAAAUAAUAAUAAUAAUAACAAAGUAUAUUCUCUUUUUAUGAUAACACCAAGAAUUGCAACGAUAACAAAUAAAAUCAUUGAUACGAAGAUAGUCGUUGUGGGUGGUUCAGAUUGUGGCAUUGCAUUAGUCGAAUUUUUAGCAUUAGGGUAUCAACAAAAUUUUGUCCACUUUACAAAUUUAACUUUGAUAUCACCGAAUGGAUUGCCAUACGAAAAGAAACAUAAUGAUCUUAAAUCUGAUUCAAUGUUACCAUUUAAAGGAAAAUAUUGUCAAGAUUAUCGACACCUUAUUACAAGACGUGCUUGGAUUAAUGUAGUUUAUGGAACAUUAAUUGCAAUUAAUAGGAAGGAUAAAUACGUGACUGUAAUGGAUCAAGGAAAUUUAAGUUACGACUUUUUAAUAUUAACUUGCGGUCUUCAAUAUCAAAAGACAUUGUUCAGAGAUAAAAAAAUGGAGACCCAAAAGAUGGAGAAUAUUACAAAAUCGGAAAUAAUUUGGAAUUGUUUGACAAUUAACGAUGAUGUUGAAGCAUACGUUUCAUUGAAAAAAAUUAAAUCAUUGACCAAUAAUUUUCAAGAUAAAAAAGCCAUUGUAUUUUAUGGUCAUAAUAUUGAUUGUUAUUGUGCACUAUAUGGAUUAUUGAAACAUGGAAUUAAAGGUUCAUGGAUUACUUUGAUCGAACCUAAAUUACAAUUAUGCGAUCCUCACGACAAUGUUUUCUUUUAUAAUUGCGAAGUGGAUACAACGAUUAUGAAUUCCAUUUUGAAAAAUGAAAUAAAUCUUCUUUUGGGAUGGUACGUAAUUAAUUGGAAUUUAUCGGAGGAAUGUCAAAAUGAUAAGAAAAAAAUCAUCUCGAUCGAUGUUAGAUCUGGACAAAAAAUCAAAACUAUUCCUUGUGACAUAUUUGUCAAUUUUAAUAACAAAGAAAUUGAUACCAAUUCAUUUUUAGCAAUUUGUCGUGCUGGUUUAGUAUUUGAUGGUAGACUGGUGAUAAAUCAACAAUUUCGUACCAACGACCCAUUUGUAUUCGCAGCUGGUACAAUUACUAAAUACUCGAGAAAAUUUCAAGCUGAAUUAUUCGAACACAAGUAUUACAAUUGCGUAGAAAUUGGCGAAAGGCUAGGUAAAGUUAUUCGAAAUGUGGUAGAAAUUUAUCAAGAACAUAAAGGAAGAUACUAUAAUUUUGACAGAAGUACAUCAAAUUUAUUAUUACCAGAAUUUCGAUCACCUGUCAUUGUAUCCUGUGUAUUACCUGGUGAUUAUCAUUAUCUUUAUGUCAGCAAACCAGGAAAGAAAUUAUCUCGUGAUGUUGCCAUCAAACAAUCACUUUAUGGUGAUGUUAUGAUAACAGGUAAUUGUUUAUCAGAAAUUGGUUAUUUUCGUUUACGCAUAAAUUCUCGAAAUUAUGUUGAAUCGAUCACAUGUUGCAGUAAAAAGAAUUUUGAAGUACAUCACAUGAUUGCUUUGUAUGGGAAACAUGACAGUAUGUUGAACGAAGUUAAAUAUCGUUUCAAAAAUUCUCUUAUAUUGGAUUUUUAUGCAUAUUUUCGAGAACCAUGGGCUAUGGCAUUGUUUUAUGAUAGAUUCGAAUGUUUGAGAGUUGAAAAUCGUGCAACUUUGUUAGCCAAAACGAAUGUUACUGGUGGUGAUUCCUUGAUUGAAGAUUGCGUGGGUGCUUUGUUAAAAUCUGAAGGAAAAGAGAUAUCAGAACAGGAUCGUAAUUUAAUAGAAAAAAAAUAUGUUGGAUCUGUUUAUCAAGAGGAUAUAGAAAAUAGUCUUGUUGAUUUUCUACAAUUUUCUGAAGAAGAUUUACCUGUUUAUUGUACACCACGUUUUGUUAGAUGGUUAUACGCUGAUUUAGAAUCUAGUCCAUUAUUUUUUGAACAAUAAAAUAA